AUGCCAGAGAAGCUGGACGGCGUCCUCUCGCGCGGCCUGGCGGCGGAGGAGGCGCCCGAGACUGCGCCCGAGGAGCCCGGCAUGCUGGAGAAGCUGAAGUCCUCCAUCAGCGAGAUGUUCACGCCCAUCACCGAGCUCAAGUGCACCAACUCGUUCCGCGGGGCGAACAGCUCGGACGAGGCGCAAACGGACAAAGAGAAGUACGAUCCAAUUGUGGCGGACCAUAUGAAAGAGAUCGGUGAGCUUUUCACGAAGCUUGACAAGGAUGGCAGCGGCUCUCUGACUAAGGAUGAGCUCAAGGACGUCGUGCAACGGUACACGUCCAAAGCGUUUAACGAAAAGGAAUUCUUUGAGUGGUACGAUGUCAGGGGCGAACCAGACCGUAAGAUCGGCCUGACCGAGUUCUCCUGGUACCUCGCAGACCUCGCCUUUGCGUUCGAGGACCCCAAGAAGGCAAUCUCUGCUGUCAUCCAGGAGGUCGAUGAGAAGAACACGGAGGCGCUUCAACACGAGGUGGCGGCUGAGGCUGCGCCUGCGGAGGCGGAGGAGCCGACCUACGAGGCGCCCAAGGCUUAG